UGACAGGAAGGCCUGGCAGAGUGCGAGAAAAACGUGACUGAGACAUGCGCACGAGCCGCUUGACAGACGGCAGGCUGGCUGUGUGGAGCGAGAGAUGGUCGAUAUUUGUGUAGCGCUCGCCAGACGUGUCUGAUCCUCCAGUUUCAGAGUUAAACUAAGGCUGACUCGCAGCUACGAAAACAAAUCCAUCGCUGUCAACAUUUCGGAGAUAUGGAUUUUUCUCUCUGUCUAUGAAGAUUCAAGUAAACGUAAAGUAAGUUUGACUGUUGUGGCUUGAGAACUAAGGCGACAACUCAUCUGAGGGACCAGCACAUAGCUGAAAAGUUUGAGGCAUCAUUCUACCGAAGCGAUCCUUCAGUUAGGGAGCGUGUAAGCCCCACUCUUUGUUGUCAAAGUAAUCGAAAGUGAGAAACGCAAGAAAAAGGUGUCACACCAAUAAACAAAAGCUCUGGCAGGUACAAACUAGUAAACAUGGUGCCAUUGAAACGAAGGGCAACAACCAUAUGAGGCUGUAAGAAAAGCUGACAUGAAUGAUUUUACAGUAACAUUAACUACAACAUUUACUACAAAAAAUAAUGAUAUGCACUGACGCUUGAAAACUCUACGGAAUCUUAUAAAAUGCAAGUGUAUACGAUGCACAAACCACGCGUGGUGGCGUUCGGUAGUUUUCUCUUUCUUUUUUUCUUCAUAGCUUGGAUGUUUAUUGCGGUACAACAGAAUCCUGUUGAGUAUAACAUGGAAAUAGAGGAUAUGAGUGCAGAGCCAUACUUUCCUAGGAAGCUAAAAAAAACUGAAACAAGAUACGAUAUUUCCAGCGUACCAUCUUAUAUUUUGCAGCGGAAAGAGCAUGCAACUAGAACAAAAGAAGGUUUGAUUGAUCAAACUAAAUUUGGAGAAAUACCAAUUAGCAAACAUGGAGUUAGUGAACAAAAUACAACGAAAAACAAUGUGUUCAAGAAUUUAGUUCCUGCAAGACUUCAUAAGACAAGAAGAGAAACACAAAGUGUCGAUGAUUUAAAAGGCGAACAUCAACAGGGUAAUGGACCUCAGAAUGAGCAUGAUAAAAAUGUAUUUGUAAUGGCACGAAACUUUGCAGAAAAUACACAAACAGAGCUUAGAUCGGACCAUGAUCAACGCGAUAAGCAGCACACUACGUUAUUUAAUACAGAUACUACAAAACGUUUGUCCCGUGUAAAAAGCUUGAAUAGACAAAAACGUUGGUUUGAUUCUAUUACAAAAAUAUUUAAUAUUUUUAAUGUCCGAAGUAGUACUGAAAAAUCAUUUUUCUCAGAAGAUAAAACCCUAGGUUCGCCAAAACUUCAUUCAGGUCCGAGUGCACUAUCAUCAUUUUCUUAUUCUACACAGUUGGCAAUGGAAGUACCAAAGUUUCAGAUCCCUUUUAAAGCUCCUAGUCGCCAACCCAGAACUUCAAUCACAGUUAAUACCACUGACGGGAUGCCAAUAGUUGAAGAUGGUAUUUUCUGGUCAGAAGAAAUAGAAACUGUGGUUCCAAAAGUAUGCGGGAGACCGAAAAACCAGUAUGUAACUUUUCAAGAUGGAUCCCGCGUCUGCGCUCGGUACAGAGCACCUCAUGAAUAUCUGGUUCAAGGGGAACUUUUGUCCUUUUAUUUAUCUCGUCUUCUCGGCAUACAUAAUGUUCCUGCGGUAACGCUCUCAGCCCCGGAUGUCGGGCAACAGUGGAAAAAUUUAAAUGUUUCCAGCACGCUUUUGCGAUCAGGAUGGGCAUUGAACUCAACUAUCGCCCUCAUCCAAUGGAUUGAUUAUUUAGAACGGGAGAGAAUGCCAGAAAUCCUUAUUCGUGCUUUAGAGAAAGGAGAAGUGAUAUCCCGGAAGUCUCCAGAACUUCGGAAAUUGCGAAAAAAACAGCUUGUCGAACUAGCUCAGUGGAGUGAUCUUAUCGUCUUCGAUUAUGUUACAGGAAACUAUGACAGGUAA